AUGAAUUUGCAGAGGCGAGUGGCAGAAGCUGAACAAGAAACUCAGAUGGCUUACAAAGAGAUUGACAAAUUGAAGAAGAAACAUGAAAAAGAGAUUAGUGCUUUUAAAAAGUUCCAAGCAGAGUCCCAUUUGUCUAAAGAAGCAUUACGACCUGUUUAUGAUGACUCGAAUGUAGCGGACUAUGAUGAAGUGAAACUCCACAGUCCAGGGUAUGAUCGAUGCAACAUAUAG